AAUCAACUUAAUCAGCCUGCCACAAUUCUAUCUUGCCAAUGUGAAAGAUCAAUAAAAAGAAAUAUUCCUUUGCUUUUCCAUUCCCAUAUAUUCCAAGAGAAUUUGUUCUCUUCUUUUUCCAAAAGGCAGCACUCAUCAAGAUAUAAGAAGCACAAGUUCUCAUACUCCAUUCAAUGCAAUUCUGAUUAUUUGAAGUUUUUUAACCCAGAAUGACCAGUUGCCGGCAGCUUGAAGUUCGAUCAGAAGAUCAAACUCCACAGAAAUGGUGUGUUCCCCUGACGGAAGAUGUUUUUGGAAAGUUGAUGUCCAAAGGUAGUCCAACCGUGCAAACAGUUUUUGGCGAUGGUUCAUUGUUCAGUCCGUGGUUGUUUGGGAAAUUCUUUGAUCCAUCCGAUGCCUUUCCCCUAUGGGAUUUCGAGUCUGAUGUUUUACUAUCUAAACUCCGGAGCUCCUCCGGUACUCAGAGCACUGUCGAUUGGCUCCAAACAGGUUCUGAUUAUGUUCUGAAAGCAGAUUUACCAGGAGUUGGGAAAGGUAGUGUUCAAGUGUUUGUUGAACAUGGGAAGGUGGUGGUGAUUACUGGGCUAUGGAAGCAGCUGAAAGAGUCGAAGACAAAGGACUGGAGGACUGGCCACUGGUGGGAACAUGGGUAUGUUCGAAGGCUUGAACUGCCUGAAAAUGCAGAUUGGAGGAAAAUUGAGGCAUAUUUGAGUAAUGACGUGUUUUUAGAGAUUAAGAUUCCUAAGAAGCCUUUGGAAUGCGAUAAUGCUCAAGGAAGUGCUGGGGAAAUAGAAGAGACCGAGUGAAUUUGAGAACAACGUAUAAUUCACCAGGCCAUGUUUUUUCAACACAGUGUGUUUGUGGUUCAAGUAUGUAAUACCAAUUGCAAAAGUAUAUAGUUGUGUUGUGCCCCUUGACUAUUUCAAAGGAGGAUAAGCCCAGUGAAGAGUCUGAAAUGUGACAAAGACUCAAGAUAUUACUUCACGGAAAGAAUAGAUUGAACUGUUUAUUUA